CUAUUUGAAACCCCAAUAAUAUUCUGAGAGCUGAACAAUAUGUCAGUUGCAUGGGCUUUUACCCCAUCCUUCAAAGCUGUCUCUCUGCUUCAUAAUCCACGGAGGCUGUGCUCAGAGCUCAACCAUAGGAGUUGUUGUUCAUUCUUCUCACCUUUUUUACUAAGUAAAAAAUGCACAGAUGACGACGCACUUUGAAUCCUUCACUCAAAAGAAGGACCGAUAAGCAAUUUGGAGCAUGUUUUGGGGUUAUCCAUGGUCUUACAUCUUCCUCAAAGACAAGGAAUCUUGUUCCUGGCUGCGAUGAAUGUUACAGGUGCGCCAAUUGUAUUUAGAUCCAGUGUCAUCAACAAGUAUGGUGAUCAUGUCACUUCUUGUGAGGCAUGGAACAGUAGCGGUCUAAUCAUGAAGCUGGCCUUUGCCUUAAUGUAUGUGUUCCAUUUGCUUGGAUUAGACUGGGGUAGAUCCUGGUUCUAUUUUACGUGCGCCUUCUCACUCCUACAUAUCGGGGCCUUGUCAUUAGGUGGACUCAAUCAGCUGGAGAACAUUUGGGGCCAUCAGCCUCCAGAUGGCGAAAAUGAUACGAAUGAAAUUAUACUAGUUCCUGCAUCCAUCAACAUGACUGUAACGUCUUUGCAUGUUGUGAGGAUUUGAUCCCGGAGCCUCAGCUGAACGGAUACCCCAAGACCCAAGACGUGAACGUCAAUAUUAGUCGAG